AUGCAGAGGCAGCCAGGCAGGUGGGGAGAUCUGAAAGGCUCCGGCGGGGGAGAGAUGUCCAGCCCCAGGCAGGGAGCGAGGCACCUCUGGACUGGAUGGGGAGAGAAUGUGAGGGACCCCUAGAGACAGCCCCUGUCAGACUGAUCCGUCCAUGCAAGGCUCAUCUUUCCUCUUCUCUGCUAAGACGGAGCAGUGCUAGAGACGUCAUUAGCAAAGGAUGGAUCUCUUGUCUCUUCGGAAGAAUCGCCCCUCAUCACUAGUUGGAUAUGUAGAUAGACUUGGGGAUUUUGGACUUCUCUCUUGCUGUGUGUAAUGUUUGCACAGACUGUGACAUGUUCACUUUUGCAGGAUAUGGCCCCCACUCCCCCCAAUCCAGACAUUUCUUGCCUUAAGAAAGAAGAAGAAACGGAAGAAGAGGAAACAGAUCAUUCGAGUUAUGCUGAUGUCUGCUCUCCAAAGAUGGAAGAGGAAGACUCAGAUAUCCCUGAAACAGGAAGAUACCUUGAUCCCCCCCAGACUGAAAGCAGAGAGGGAUUCUGGGAAAGAAAUGUGCAGAAAAUCCUGGGUGAGGACAUCACCAACUUAGAAGUACAGCGCCAGCACUUCAGGGAGUUCCGCUACCAGGAAGCCAGAGGUCCCCAAGAGGCUUGCAGCCAAAUCCACGACCUUUGCAACAACUGGCUGCAGCCAGAAAGACACACAAAAGCUCAGGUCGUGGACCUGGUAGUCCUGGAACAGUUCCUGAACAUCCUGCCCACAGAGAUGGCAAGAUGGAUCAUAAAACAUGGUGCAGAGACCAGUUCUCAGGCCAUGGCCCUAACAGAAGGUUUCCUGAGUCAGGAAGAAUGCAAGAAAGAGGAAGAGCAACAGGAUCUGGUGACAUCUGAAGGGAUGGCUGCAUGUUGCACAGAGCAGGAGGGGACCUUGCUACAUCCAGACCAACAGGCCCUGCACAGGAAUGCUGGAGAAUUGGGGGAAUGUGGCCUCCUUGGGAUGUGUUCCCCACUCCCUCGGAUGCAGGCACUUCUUGCCUUGAAGAAGGGGAAAAGGUUGGCAGAAGAGGAAGGACAUUCAAGUGGUGUUGGAGGCAUCUCUCCAAAGAUGGAAGCGGAAGACCCAGCUGACUCUGAAGCAGGAAGGUGCCCUGAUGCCAUCCACGCUGAGAGCAGUGAGGGAUUCUGGGAAAGAACCAUGCAGAAGAUGCUGGAUGAGGACACCAGCAGCUCAGAUCGGAAGUUCCAAAUACUCAAGCAGUUCUGCUACAGGGAGGCCAAGCGGCCCCAAGAGGUUUUCAGCCGACUCUACAAUCUUUGCCUUCAGUGGCUGAAGCCAGAAAGCUGCACAAAAACUCAAAUUGUGGACUUGGUAGUACUGGAGCAGUUCCUGACCGUCUUGCCCCCGGAGAUGGAGAGCUGGGUCAGAGAACGUCGAGCGGAGUCCAGUUCCCAGGCAGUGGCCCUGGCCGAAGGUUUCCUCCUGAGCCAGGCUGGGGACAUAAAGCAGGAAGAGCAGGAGACUCCGGUGACCUUGGAUGAAGUAGCUGUGCCUUUCCCCAAGGAGAAGCAGGCUGUGCUGGACCCAGCCCCAAGAGAUCUGCAUGCAGAAGCCUUGCUGGCAUACUGGGGGACUGAGGUCUCUUUGGUACGUGCUGGAAGGAAGAGCCAGAAAGAAGAUGGAAAGUGCAUGAAAACGGGAGCAAAGCAGAGGCCAGGGAAGAAACUGGUUCCUUCUGGAGAGGGUGCUAUGCACGAAGUCCAACAGGACUCCAAAACAUGUGAGACACGGUAUAUAUGCUCAGAAUGUGGAAGGAGCUUUAAGGGCAGGAGAGGUCUUGUAAUACAUUUGAGAAUCCAUCCACAUUCAAAGCCACAUAUCUGCUCCGAGUGUGGAAAGAGCUUUGAUCAGAAGCAAAAGCUGAUUUCCCACCAAAAAAUCCACACAUGGGAAAUGCUGUAUAACUGCUCAGAGUUCACUAAUAAUCAGAGAACCUACACAAGGGAGAGAGCAUAUAAAUGUUCAGAAUGUGGAAAGGGCUGCACUUCUAAAAAGUUCCUUCUUCUGCAUCAAAGAAUCCAUACAGGGGAGAAACUAUUUCAUUGUUCGGAGUGUGGAAAGAGCUUCAGUUACAAGAUAUCCUUGACAAACCAUUACCGAUACCACAAAGUCAAAAAGCCAUAUGAAUGCUCUGAGUGUGGAAUGAGCUUUAGUCAGAUGAGCAAACUUAGUACACAUCAAAGAAUUCACAUAAUGGAGAAUAAAUGCUCAGAGUGUGGAAAGGGCUUCUUUUCCCACCGAAGCCUUGCUAGGCAUCAGAGAAUUCACAAAGGCAAGAAACUAUAUACAUGCUCAGAGUGUGGAAAGAGCUUCUGUUUGGGCCAUAGCUUCCGUUUACAUCAAAGAAUCCACAGCAUGGAGAAACCAUAUACUUGCCUAGAGUGUGGAGAGAGGUUCAGUCGGAACAUAGCCUUUGAGAGACAUUGCAAAACCCACAAAGGGAAAAUGCUCUAUGAAAGCUCAGAGUUCACUUCCUGCCAUAACAUUAUUAAUAAUCCCAGAAACCACACAAAGGAGAAACCAUAUGAAUGCUCAGAAUGUGGAAAGGGCUUUAGUUCUAAGGAACACCUUCUUGUACAUCAAAAAUGCCAUACAAAGAAGAAAAAAUAUAAAUGCUCAGAGUGUGGAAAGCGCUUCGGUCUCAGCAUAUCUUUGAAACAACAUUACAGAAUCCAUAAAAGGAAAAUGCCCUAUAAAUGUUCAGAGUGUGGGAUGAGCGUGAAGAACAAGAAAAGGUUUAUUAGACAUCGAAAAAAUCACACAAAAGGUAUGCCAUACAUAUGCACAGAGUGUGGAAAGAGUUUCUGUUUUCAGUACCAGUUUACUAAUCAUCAGAUAAUCCACACAGGGGAAAUGCCAUAUAUAUGCCCUGAAUGUGGUAAGAGCUUCAGAUAUAGGAACAAUCUUAGUUUUCAUCAAAGAAUCCACAUAGGAAAGAAACCAUAUGAAUGCUUAGAAUGUGGAAAGAGCUUCACUCGGAGUACAACUUUCACAAGACAUAAGAGAAUCCACACAGAGAAAUGCUAUAUAAAUGCUCCAAGUGUGGAAAGAACUUCCGUUUCAAUGAAAGAACGAGCCUUACUAGACAUCAAAGAACCUACACAAGAGAGAAACCAUCUAAAUGCUUUGAGUAUGGAAAUAAGUGCAGUUGGAGCCCAGCCCUUAGAAGAGGUUACAGAAUACACAAAAGCUAAAUGCCAUAUACAGGGUGAGACUUCAAUGAUGAUAGAAGCCUUACUUGAUAUCAAAGAGCCCACAUGGGAGAGAAUCCAUAGAAAUAGUGAGAAUGGGGAAAGAGCUUCAGUAGGCCGCUUAAUCUACAGAAACACAUUCACACGGAGCCAGUCUUGUGAAUUUUAGGAAGGCAUGGUGUGUGGAAGAACUUCAGGUGGCGAAGAGACUUCACAUGAAAGCAUUAGAGUAGGGCUUUUCUGGCCAAUUGUCCCCCAAUGCUAAUGCAUGAACUUUUCUUCCAUGUGACGAUGUGACUCCCCACCUCCAUGGGGAUAGAUCCAUGAGGUAGAUCUGCCAUUCCCAAGCAAGAAGUUUGUAAAUGUCUCAACUCAUUCAUUUCACGUGACAUCUUGAUGGUAUGGUAAUAUUCCAUGCUCCCUGUUUCCCCAAGUGUUGAGAAGCUCAAGGAGCUGCACAAAAGAUUUUAGAGUGUGUGUCUUUGUGCAAUGCUGGCAUAUUUGCAAAUCUACAUAAAGUGCUGGGGAAGAGCAGGCAGGUACCAUGACAGACAGGGCGUGUUCUCAAAAAACAACAACAGCACAGCUAUCCAUGGCCCCAGUAAGGUUCUUCCUUCCAACCAUUAGCAGAAUGUAGACCUCUUUCCCCAGGCCGGCUCCCUUGCAUCUCCCCAAAUUGUUCCUCCUCAGUCUUGGCUCAUUGAAGAAACAUUUUUAGCCAUUAAAAAAACCGCUUUAGAAAGAGCAGCUGACUUUCACUGACUCUCCACACAUCCUUAUAUUUUUGUUGCAUGUUGAGCUUUUUAGAUCGAAUGUGCAUUAAAGAUAUGACAUUUAUUGGUUUGUCAAAGUUCUUACUUUAUAUAUUACCUUACUAAUUUCUGUCUAUAGUAUGUAUGUGUGUGUGUGUGUGUGUGUGUGUAUAUAACACUGUACUAACUACUAACUCUAAUAAAUGCAUAUUUACGUUGCUAUCAAUAAAUCUCUCACUGGUGACUGA